CUAACACAAAUUACAUUUUGUUUUAAACAAUUGAAAACACACGUAAAAACACAAAAACAACGUUGCGGCAUUUGCGAAUUAAUAUAUAUUUAGUCCCUGCCGUACGCCGCCAUGUGUUAACUGCAAAAACGGGACCCGUUUACGCGUUUGAGAGCCCAUUUUCAGAUUCUGCUGUGCUGCGCGACCCAAAACAAGAAAAGUUCGCACCGAAUUUGCAAUGCGCUGCCGCUGAAAAUCUAAAGGUAUAAAACAAAUUACCCCCACCCGCGAUAAAUAACCCACUGUGCCGUUGCAUUGCCAAAUUACAAAAUUGCUUGAAACAAAAGCCACAAACAACUGGCCAUGGAGGCGGGGGAAAAAAACGAAGUGUGCAGGACGUUCGGCAUUCGCAAAUACCUCGUGCUUUUGGCGUAGCGUGCAAAACAACGCGCUGUCAUCUGGCCGAUAGGUUGGAUGUGUGGUGUUAUCGGCUGCUUCUGCCCUGUUAUCGCGUUAUCGCGCAAGGACCACGAGAGCGGCGAAAAACCUUUUGCCUUUUCCGAGUGGGUUGGUGUUUGUGGGUGGUGUGAAAAAAGUGCGUGCGGUCUUGUUUAUGGGUGAAAAAGAGCAGCGGCUGUCCGGCCGGAGUUAGCAAGUCCUGUGCAGCAGCAGGAUCCUUCCCAUCGAGAUUAGGUCGCCUUUUCGUCCUCCGGCUGCUCCGCUCCCCAAAACUCCAGCUGUCGGUUUUUUUGUUUUAAACACAUUCCACACACUUUGGGCCGAAAGGAUACCCAUGAGCUGGGUGAGAUAUACAAGAAGCGCCACGAGUUAGCCACCGAGAUGGCCAACAACAAUCAUCCGCAUCCUGGGCAUCUCAGCCAGGCGGCCCAGAACGCCUCCUGGAAUCCCCUGCAAAUUCCCUCGUACAUACCCCGGCAGCCGCAGUUGGCGCAUAUGUCUAACGAGCGGCCCGGAAUGGUGCGAUCCCCGCUGGCCUGGCAUGUUUCCGGUUCCGUUUCCGCCCAGCCGCCGCCGCCGCCCGAUGCCAUUUACAAUUUCAUGUCGGCCAACCACAAAAACCUGGACCACCACCAUCAGAUGAAUCCUCUGUUGGCUCCGCCCUACUCUGGAACUUUGCCAUUCAACUCCAUGGACCUGUCCCUGCAGUCCGCCCGCAGUGCGGCCCAGCCGCUGGCCAAGCAGUCGCCCAACCAGCAGGCACAGCAGUCCCAGCAGCAGCAGCAAUCCCUAAUGCACGCCCCCAAUUAUCCUUCAAUUCAAAAUCUCACGACCAAUGCCACGCAACAACAGCAGCAGCAAGGACAUCUGGCCGCCAUGGCAGCCGCUCAUGCCAGUUUGCUGCAGUCCAGCCUGGGCAGCUCCUCGGGAAACCUCAGCAAUGGGGGCGACUGCGAGUCCUUGCUGCCGCCACCGCCUCCCACAACUGCCUCUGGGAACAGCAAUCAUGCGGGGAGCAACAGCAGCAGCAAUAGUGGCAGUAACAAUCACGUAACCAGCCCGCACUACACGCAAUCGCGCGAUGAGAACUUCAAGCUGGCGCAAUUGAAGCGCAGCUUCGACCAUGAACUGCUCUCGGGAAAGAGUUUGCCGAAGGACAAGGACUUUGGCUACCCGCCAGCGGGAUCAGCUAGCAAACUACCCACUCACAAUGUACAGCAGCAACAUGUCAACAAGAAACCCUCACCUCUGCGAAACUAUCACCAACAACAGCAGCAGCCGCCUUACAACUUAACGCCCAAAUACAAUGGACCACAGACGCCACCAACGCCUCAAUCUCCGCUGGCUGCGCCGCCUCAUCAGAUGCAAUCACCUACCAUGGACUACAAUCAGCUGCACCUGCACCAUCAGCUCAAUAACUCGGGCGGAGCUGGUAGCUACCACCACAUGCAGCAGGACCAGACGCAAUCGCAAUCACAAUCGCAGCACCCCCAGCACUUGCACUACCACAAUCAGCAUGCGGCCAACAGCCAAACAGCUCCGCCGCCGCUCCUGCCACCUCACUUGACCAGUGGUCAGUUUCAUGGGCAACCACAGGAUGCGGGCCAGCAGCAGCAGGUGGCAUUAUCCUCGAGUCAACAACAGACGCAUCAUUCCCGAAACACUCAACUGACGAAUCUCGAUGUCCUGGCGGUCAAGCACAAAUCAGACUCGUCGGAGGAGCAGCCUGUUAUAACUGAUCUGUCAUACCGCAACUCGGAAGUGGACAAACCCGCAGUAGAUGCCCCUGAGUCUCCCUACCUGACCACCUCCAAUGAGGAGUCGCUGGAGUCGAACAGCAACAGCAGCAAUAGUCGCAAGCGCCGCAAACGAAAAGCCAGUAUGGUUAUGAGGGUUACUCCGAAUGAAAAUGCACCAGAGGGAGGCAACAUCAAGCAGCAGCAUCAACAGCAACUGCUGCAGCAGCAGCAGCCUGUGCACCAGAACAACAGCUGCAGUCCCAAACGAUCGCCCAAGAAUGGAGGCGGUGACUUUCAGCCCUUUAGUUUGCAAACCCAGCCGCAAACGGCGAAGGAGAAGGUUCCGCAAGAGAACGGCCGGGCAGGAUCACCAGCACCGGCGGAGAACAGCAGCAACAGCAACAGCUCCAACACGCUGUACCACGACAACGACAACCCCAAGACCAAGAAACAGCGGCAGGCCCUGCUGCAGCGGAAUCUUACCGAACAGCACCGUCUGCAGCUGGAGGAUGAGCCUCCCAAGAAGCACACAACACCGCCCACCAUGCCGCCACCCAGUCCGCAGAGCAACAGCAGUAGCAGUAGCUCGAGCAGCUCCAGCGCCAACACGCACAGCAGCCACAGCAAUCAUGCGGCUAACGAUAGUCGAAGGGGGGAUCAGAAGCCGGAGAUCAACAAUAAGGCCACCACGGAUACACCUGCAUCUCCUGCCCUCGUCGAGCAGGGCGACAUCGAUGCCAAGCCGGCGGUUAGUGUGCACGAGUGCGAUGAAGAGGAGGACACGGCCACGAAUAAGGAAUCAUCACCCGCACAUCCUGUUCCGCCAGCUAAUGUGGCUGUUCCCCCCGUGACCGAAGAAUCGCCCAAGAAAUCCUCAUUCGCUGCCAACUCAGAGCCCUGUCCCUUUGGUGAAGUGGAGGACAAGCUGGAGGAAAUGUUUGCCGGCAUCGAAGAGGAGACGGAAAGGAUAUGCAGCCCGGAGAAGCUGACAGCGGGCGAGACGGAAGAGUUGGUAGCCCACGAUUUGACCGCCCAGCUGGCUCUGGACAGCGCCAAACCAGCAGACGAGGCGCCGGCGGAAAAGAUGGAGAGCUCAGUGCUGGCAGUUCUGACCCCUGCCCCCGAAAUUCGGCCCGUGGCCACCAAGGCGGCCAUGAAGUCCACCCUGCCCAGUCCCGUGCACAGCCCCACCCCACUAGCUCGCUCCACCUCGACGCCCUUGGCCGCUGCAGUGGAUGACAAUAGUAAGCCCAACACGCCCGUUCCACCUAAGACACCUGCAGUAAGAAGACCGCCACCUCGUAGGCUUUCCAUGGGCAUGGAUGUCUCACUGCUGCGCUUCAUGAUCGACGACCCGCCUGCCAAGAAGCCAGGUCGCAAGAAGAAAGUGAUUCCAGAGCCGGAACUGGAAGAUGAUGACAAGCCAAGCACCUCGGCGGCGGCUGCUGCGGCUCUGGCAGCCCGCCAAUUAAGCGAAGCGGCUGCAGUUGCUCCGAAGUCGAAAGCUGCCGGUGCCAAGAAGAAGAAUACACUGGGCAAGGGCAAGAAGGGAGCAGCAGCAGCGGGGAAGGCCAAUGCCAAGAAUGUCAAGCAAAACGGGAAGAAGCCGGGCAGAAAGCCCGCCUUUACCACCGAUGAGGAUAGCACACCGGCGCCCACAAACGGAGCAAGCGGAGCAGUCCCUGAGCUAAGGUUCAAGUCUCCCUUCAUACUCAUCAAAGCGGACGGCAGCGUGAGCAUCAAGAACACCCACAGUGCCGAGGACGUGAACGAGAAGCAGACAAAAGCCAAGAAGGCUCCGCACGAACGAAAAAACCUGAGGGGGAUGCAUAGCUCCACGCUGAGCAACCGCUACGAUGCGGACACCACCGAUUCCACCUGGAUUUGUGUGUUCUGCAAGCGGGGUCCCCACAAGCAGGGUCUGGGCGAUCUCUUUGGCCCCUAUCUGGUCACCAGCGACUGUGACGAGUACCGUGCGGCCCUGCAGGCUCCCGGAGUACAGGACAUUGACGGACUGUUUGUCAACAAACGGCGACGCGAGGACAUGGUCAAGCUGCAGGAGCGAAAUCUACCCGUAGUUCCCGCCACGCUGGCCCACAUUAUGCAGGCUCCCAAAAUUAGCAUGCACAAACGAAAGCGCAAGCAGACGCACGAUAGCUCCAUAUCCUACAGCGAUGACCCCAACGAGUCGCGUUCGCAAUGCUCAUCGGUGGAACCCAUCGACUGCAGUCACGAGCCCAAGUUUGUGGAGACCUUCCGCGGCAUGGGCAAGACCUCGGAGCACGGCUUUGAGGUUUGGCUGCACGAAGACUGCGCCGUGUGGAGCAACGACAUCCAGCUGAUCGGCGCCCACGUCAACGGACUGGAUGCGGCUGUGUGGGACAGCACGCGGUACCAGUGUGUGCUCUGCCAGCAGACGGGGGCCAGUGUAUGUUGCUUCCAGCGUAGUUGCAAGGCGCCUGCUCAUGUGCCGUGUGCGCGAUCCGCCAACUGGAGUUUGAGUGAGGAGGAUCGCAAGGUCUUCUGCCAGCUGCAUAAAGAGGAGUCUGACAUAGUGGAGCCCAUAAAAACGGAGCCAGUGGCAGCUCCAGUUGCUCCUGCUCCUCCAGCACCAGCUCCGCCGCCCCCGUUCAACAUUCAUUCGCUUCCCUGAGUACGCGUGCGCGUCCAGAAAUGCCGCCUGGUCGCCAAGCGUUGAGCGUUGAAGGCACGAUCCCUUAGAUUCCUCAUUCCUGAUUCCCAACUCCCGCAUUCGAAAACCCAAACGAAUCCGCAGCUCGCUGCAUCUUUUACUUAAGCUUUGUACAUAAGUUUCCGACUGCCGUCGUCGCCAGGAGGGCAUUUCGUGAUUUUGUAUAAAUCCGCUGUACAUUUUAAGGCUUGACGCACCGCACGACGAUAUCAGAGCGUUCGCCACGUUAUAGUUAGGUUUCCCCUGCACUCUGCAUCCUUAGUUGUUUAUGUUUAAGUGAAUGCCUAAAUUAUUAUUUCGCCUAGUACUAUGCACUUUACAUUAGUACCUUUUAGUUCUAACUAAGUUAAAAGCCUAUCCAACCUAUGUCCAAUGCCCACCACCCAAUUUGCAUCACAUACGCCAAUUGAUAAUUCGAAACGAAUACUCCAAUGCCAUACCAAUAACCAACUGAGUAAUCAUGAUAACUGAAGUAGCUAUGGGAGAUUCCAAUUCCAAUUGAUAUAUGCGAUGUGAAGUUGCAGUAAAGUUACGUAUAAAUAGAAAAUGUUUGACACCAAGUAAGCGAGAACAUUCGAAGCCCCAAUUACAAAAUGGAAUAUUGUAAAACAAUAUAUGAUAUGCAUAUAAUAAUUAUUAGUAAUGUUAAUGUAAGCGAACAGUUAAAAAGCCAGCUAAAUGAAACCUUGUAUUGUAUUCGUAUCCGGUAAGGUCUGUACGUAUUGCUGAUAAUUUUAAAAACUCUUAAACGUAUAAACAAUAAAAAUUUAAUCUCACAACAUCAAAAGGCGGAGGAGAAGGAGGAAAAGUAAGGGUUUUUUGUAAAU